ACAGAGGAGAGGGCAAAACACAAGGACCUUUUUUUUUGUUUCCGUUCGCUCGAAACUCGAUUCUUGAUUCCUUCGGCCAAGGUUAUCAGCCAAUCAAAUUCAAACCCACGUAGAUCCAGAUUCGUUCUGGAUCCGAUUAGUUCAACGGGUCGGAUCCAGUGAUCUGGCACUUCAAGUUGGAAAGCUAUGGAAUUUCAGGUUUCUUAAACAAUGUCGCCAUUUCCUCGAAGAUUCAUCGAGGAUUCAUCAAUGGAGGAUCCAGGAAUCUCUAUUUUUCCAAGUAUUUACUACAGACCUAUAAACCCUAAUGAUCUAGAUCGUUUGGAGCAAAUCCAUCGCGACCUCUUCCCCAUCAAGUAUGAAUCUGAGUUUUUCCGGAGUGUUGUGAACGGAAUUGAUAUUGUCUCAUGGGCUGCUGUUGAUCGGAGCCGCCCUGAAGAUCACUCUGAUGAACUCAUCGGUUUUGUUACUGCUAAAUUCGUGCUUGCCAAAGAGAGCGAGAUAGAUGAUUUAAUACAUUACGAUUCCUCAAAAGGAGAGGAGACUUUGAUCUACAUCUUAACACUUGGAGUUGUAGAAACAUACAGAAACCGAGGAAUUGCAAUGUCACUUAUUAGUGAGGUGAUUAAGUAUGCUUCUGGGUUAUCGUUGUGCCGAGGAGUAUACCUUCAUGUGAUUGCCCACAACAAUGCUGCGAUCCUUUUGUACCAAAGAUUGAUGUUCAGAUGCGUGCGGAGAUUACACGGGUUCUAUCUAAUCAAACACCAGCAUUUUGACGCCUUCUUGUUUGUCUACUUUAUCAACGGUUCUCGAACUCCUUGCUCACCCUUAGAGGUGGCAAUGUUUGUUGUGAAUUAUAUGAAGAGUGGAAUCAAGUCAGUGGCAUCUAAGCUUGUGAACAAGGAGGAGAAAGGCUUGAAAUGGCUGAUUUGCAAAGACACGGAUUGCGUCUUACCUACACUAACCAAAUCAAAUCUCGGAUCAUCAUCCGGGUACGAAUUCAUUUGAUUUAGAUUAUAUGUUCGAUUCAUUUGCUUCCUCAUAAUCAUUGUGCCAUCUGUAAUAAAAAUGUAAAUAGCCACCGUUAUUGUCGCAUUUGUGGUAGGCAUUGACAUCGAUUUAGUUGUUUUAUUUUUGGGGUUUUAUAUGCUGAUCAUUACGUGUUAAUAAAGUGUCGUACGAGUUUUUUCA